AUGGCUGAAAAAAGAGAUACUGAUAUCAAUUACAAACGUACAAUACUGAUUACAGGCUCAACAGACGGAAUAGGUCGACAAACGGCUUUGGAAUUAGCUGUCCGAAAUAAGGAAAAUUUUGUUAUUAUCCAUGGGAGAAGUGUUGAAAAAUGUGAAGCAACUAUUGAAUAUAUUAUGCGUGAAGGCAAAUUACAGAAUAAGUUAAAUCUUGAUUAUGUUGUUGCUGACUUCUCAGAUCUGAAAGAGGUAUCUAAUUUGGCUGCUGAGGUUGAAAAACGAUUUCCGCAAUUGAAUGUUUUAUUGUGUAAUGCUGGUGUACUUCUGCCAAAAAGAACAGAAAGUCGAGAUGGAUUUGAAUUAACUUUCCAAAUUAAUCAUCUGGCACAUUUUGUAAUUAUAAAUCGUUUGCUUGAACGAUUGAAAGGUAAUCAACCUUCCCGUAUUAUUAUUGUUAGUAGCAGCCUUCAUAGCUGGCAUGCAAUUGAUUGGAAUGAUUUGAUGGCAGAAAAGGAAUACGAUAAGUAUCUUCAGUUUUCUAGGACAAAAUUAAUGAAUCAUAUGACAUCAUUUGCGUUGCACCGGCUUUUAGUGAGGGAAGGUUGUUGUUUCCGAGUUACUUCUAAUGUUGUCGAUCUAGGAAAUAUGGAACCGCAACCAGGUCGGAGAAGCAGGUCACGAAGCACAUCACUGUCAUCAUUCGAUUCGUCGUUAGUGCUAAGUAGUGGUGUUAGUACUUUACUUAACUUGAUUGAAUCUCCUGCUCUAGAAAAUGUUAGUGGUAAAUAUUUCGAUUGUCAUGGCAAGCAAACACGGAGUAGUUCUGAUGCUACCGAUGAACGAUUACAGCAAAAACUAUGGAAUUUAAGUGAAGGAUUAUGUAAAGAUUACGUGAGGUAUUCUUUGGAUUGGUCGGAUUUACAGUGCACAAAGGAAUAUGAAAAAUAUAAGCAAUAUUCACGUACUAAACUAAUGGUUCAUAUGAUGACGUUCAAAUUAGCUCGUUUAUUCAGUCAUUCAGGAGUCACAUGUAACGUUUUGGAACCAGGUGUCAUUGAAACAAAGCUUUUACGUGCUGGUGGAUAUAGCGGAGCUCCAGUUGAGCAAGGCUCCCGAGCAUCCAUCUACUUGUGCACAUCUGGUGAUGUCACCAGUGUCAAUGGUGCAUACAUUGAUAAUAGCUGCAAGAAAGUCACAAAAUUAUUCAAAGAUUCUGUGAAUGAAAAAGAACAAGAAGAUUUGUGGCAAAUAACUGAAAAAUUGCUUGCUGAUAAAAAUAUCAAAUUUUGCGACUUCUGA